ACUGCACUUGAGCACUGUGAAGCCUGCACGAUUUUAAGAUGAAGUACGACGUCCUUCCUCAAAAAGAGGCCCAGUCUCCUGCCUCCGAGGAUUUCGAGCACGACCAGCAUCACCCACCUCAGAGACGCGUCUCGGGUCCUAUCGUCACGCAAAUUGCCCUGAGUGUGGCAACACUGGUCUGUGUUCUCCUCUUCUUUUCAGUGUUCAUGUUGCAGGGAAGGCCUCAAUGUGCAGCACAAGACAACGGUUGGAAUGUAACGAGGCCCUACGGGAGGGAGAAUACCAGCCGAAUGAGCCUGGAUCAUGAGCACGACGACUUGUGGAGUGCUUUCGAGCUGAUGCCGGCGUUUGGAGCCAUGUCCAAGGAUAAUCCAGACACGUCAGGCAUGAUCAGCAUGUUUCACCAGAUACAAUGCCUCGCUUCCUUGCGAUCAGCUCUACAAUCGGCGCAAGACGGCAAAGAUAUAGGAAACAGCGAGAAGGAGGGUCGACAUUGGUCACACUGUUUUGACUAUCUCUACCAGACAGUGCGCUGCUACGGAGACGACACGGAUGAAUGGGAGAUCUUCACCCGGCCGCGGUCGAAGCAGAGCUCAGGCAUGGACACCAUGAGAACAUGUCGGGAUACUUCGCAGCUUGUCAAGCGGGCCUGUGACGCUCGGAAGUUCUAUAUUGACGUGGGUUGGAUAGAUGGGUCUCUACCAAGCAUGUGUGAGACGGGAGAGAUGCCGUGGUGAUGUCUCGACUUUAGAUACCGUAUGAGAGAUUCGUUGCCAGUGUCACGGGAGUGGAACAGCAG